AUGACUGGGGCUAUGGAUGUGUCAGAGUCAGGACGUGAAUAUGGGGCUAAAAACACUGACGACACCCCUGUGACGGGCACUUCUCAGAAAACUCGAGGGGGUGCUGAAUCUCGAUUUCGGAAAAGAAGCAAAUAUUUAUCUUACCCCUACACGAAUAGUGAACCAAGACUUAAAAGUUUUCCAGCUGAAACAGAAGAAUCAAAGACUCCAAGUCCCACCCCUAAAGCAAAAGCUUCAAGCAGAAACAGUAAUCCUAAAAAUGGAUCUCUUUCAUCAACUAAAUUGGGUGGCACGAGGUUCCAAAAUAAUUGGUACAGAAAAUUCAUCAGCUGUAGUAAAAUGUCUAGCAGUUCAAAAUUCAUCGGUGCAUCUUCCAGUGACUUACUUUCAGGACUGCACUCUUUAGCUGUUGGUAGUAUGUCUCCAAUUAAAGAUAAGAGGUUUGAUAUGGUUGAGUGGUUCUUCUGCAAAUAUAGAAUAUCAAAGUAUCACGAUGAGACUGAACUUGCUACUUCUCUGUUUAAUCCGAAUGAAGGGAAAACAUCGAACCCUGGGGACAAUGGUGUCAUGGAUACCAAAAGUGAGAAGAAGAAAAAGGACACUCAAACAGAAAAUGCAGCAAGGCGUAAGAUGAAAUCUCUUUCUGGCCUAUCCAAUACGAAUACUAAUGUUUCUACUGGCGAUUGCACAGGUUCGGGGAAAAAAUCCAAACAAAAGAGGAAGGUGGAAGAAAGAAAUUCGCAGCCUCAGCUACAAAAUGCAGAGACCACUUCCCAAAAUCAUAAUUUCCCGUCUUCUGAGAAAAAGACUAAGCCUAAAAAGAGACCCAAGUUAGAAGCUGCACAAGAGCAUCAGGGUGCUCAAUCUGCUUCACAUUUGGAUGCAAAAAGUAUCGAAUGCAACUCACUAGUUGUAGAUUUGCAGGUUACGCCUCCACCUAAGUCUGUUGAUUUUCACCAGAAAAGUAAUGGUGAAAUUAAGGAAGAACAAGUUUCGAAUGUUUCAAAUCCAAAGUUACGUGUCUCCCAAGGCGAACUUGAUGGAAAUGUUACCCCUAGUAAGUUGCUGGGGAGCACAUCAGAGGCUAGUACUGUCGCCCCCAAAGAAGGACUUGUUGGAAAUUUUACCAACCACAACUUGUUGAAUGAUACUACAUCAGAUGUUGACAAUGUCUCAAUAAAUAAAACAGGCGCAGAGGUAGUACCAGAGGAGCAUCCAAGAAAGAUACCUGAUUUGAACAGUAUUAGCUUUGAAUCAUGUUCUACGAGAAAAGAGUCUGAGAAUGUCAACAUGCUUUUACCUGAAUUGCAGUCACAAAACCCAAGAAGUUUAUCUGCUUGUUCGAGAAUUACUAAAGCUGUAAACCUUGACAGAGUGGAGAUCAUUGGAGAAUCACCUGGAACCUUUCUCUUCCUACAAUUUUCUCAAGGACCAGGAGUUGAUAUCCCAUCAAAUGAGGAUUUGUUGAAAACAUUUUGCCAGUUUGGUCCUUUGAAAGCAACCGAAACUCAUUUGAUAAAAGACAAUACAUGUGCUCAAAUUGUUUUUGUUAACAGCCCAGAUGCUACUGAAGCAUUGCGUAGUUUAGAGCAUAACAAACCAUUUGGUGCAACUCUUGUGGGCUACAGACUCCAUUAUCCUCCUGCUGUGGUGACUCCACCAUUGGAGCACAUCAGGACUUAUCCUCCUGCUGUGGUGACUCCAUCAUUGGAGCACUUCAGGACUCCAACUCAGCCAUCUAUCUCUAUGUCAUUGUCUGGUGAGACACCUCCUCCCCUUCAGGUUAUUAAGCAAAAGUUGCAGAUGAUGUCAUCAGUGCUGGAGAACUCAGGGAAUAAUCUUUCACCCGAGACGAGAGCCAAAUUGGAAAAUGAAAUAAAUAAUCUACUGGGAAAGGUGAAUUCUAGGACUAAUAGAGUAUGA